AUGUGGUUAUGUGCUAGGUCAUGCUAUGGACCACCAUCUAUUUUGCUCAGUCCGCUGGCAAGUGAGGGAGCCACUGCGCUGGCAGUCAAACAAAUAUCGACUUCUCUGUUCGAAGAUGAAUGUCCAACUUGCACACUUCUUUGCACACUGAAAUCAACCAGAAUCAAGCACAAACACACACCCGACAUACUCCUCAACUUGAACACCAUGCUGAUAUCGCCGAUGUUGGUGAUACUCGCUCUCCUCUUCACCUUAGUCCAAGCCGACCCUCCCAAGCCCCCAAAUCUCUGCUUUUACAAGCAGAGAGGCGAAUCUGGCUGCGAUACCAGCCAGCCGUACUUUUGCUGCGAAGGCCUCGAGCGGGGCCGAUGCUGUCGAGGCCCUCCUCAGGGUUUCUGUGGCUGCAUGGAUGCCAGUCCUCUUUCGCGCGAGGGCCCGGUCACUCACGACUCCGUCAUAUUCUAUCAAACAAGUAACGGCAAGAAUCCGAUCGAUGACAGAACCUACGCGGCCCGGAUCAAUAACGACAAAAAGACUUCCCCAAUCCCGCAAAGCCCGCUCAAUGAGUGCAGCAUUCGAGCGGUAGUCGGCAGUAAUGACAAAGAAAUACCGUUUCCAAGGGAAGGCCCCCUCCGUAACGUCAUCCAACGGAAGCGAGCAGCCCCCAAAACACCGCCUGCGAACGACUGCUGGUGGCCUGACGUCGUUUACUACAAGCCACCAGGCAGUGGGCAGAAGUCCAGCAAAGUGCCACCAGAAAUGAUGAACGAGGUCGCUGGAAUGUUGGAUAGGCAAGAAUGGGAUGCCAUGGAACAAUUCAGAGCCACGCACGAAACCUUGCAAUGGAGGGUGGACGAUGCGAGGCAUUCAAGCGAUGACGAUGAUGCUACCACACUGGUCGGCAGCGGAUCUGAUGGUGAUCGAAGCAUUGGUAGUGGGAGUAAUCGAUAA